GAAGCGGAAGCGCAGUGACGUGUCGGUUGUUUUGCCGUGAUGAUGGCGGAUGGGAACGCGCUGUAUGAGUCGGUGCUGUGCGUGAAGGCAGAAGUUCACGUUUACCGAAUCCCGCCCAGAAGCUCGAACCGCGGAUACCGGGCAGCAGACUGGAAGCUGGACGAGCCGGCGUGGAGCGGUCGAAUGAAGAUCACAGCUAAAGGAAAAACAGCCUACAUUAAACUAGAGGACAGAAACACAGGUGAGCUGUUCGCUCAGGCUGCAGUGGAUCAGUACCCCAGCAGUGUGGUGGAGGCCGUGGUCGAAUCCAGCCGCUAUUUCGUCAUCAGGAUCGAGGAUGGAAACGGACGGCACGCCUUCAUCGGCCUCGGGUUCGCAGACCGUGGAGACUCCUUCGACUUUAACGUCGCUCUGCAGGAUCACUUUAAGUGGGUGAAGCAGGAGAGUGAUCUGGCCCGUCAGGAGGCUGUGCAGGACUCGGUGCCCAAACUGGACCUGGGCUUUAAAGAGGGUCAAACCAUUAAGAUCAACAUAGGGAACAUGAAGAAGAAGGAGUCUGGUGGUCCGCUGCGGUCUCGAGCUGCUGCUGGUCUUCUUCCUCCUCCUCCUGCGGGGAAAGCUGGAGCUGUGCUUCCUCCACCCCCAGCACACAGCACCACCACAGCGCCCGCUCCACCCAGCACAGGCACACUAUUAGACUUUGGAGACUCCGCCCCCAUUAUGGCUCCGCCUUCUCAGGACCUGUGGGGUGAUUUCACUUCUGCAGGAUCUGGGUCUGCUCAGGACUCUCGCUCUGGAUCCGGAUGGGUUCAGUUCUAGAGUCGCGCUGCUGGACGCUCAGAAAGGGAACGUGCGGAGCUGUGAAUGUGACACCAGCGGUUUUCCACAGAUGUUUUCUAUGCAAUCGUCCUGCGCUGGCAGAAAUCACUGCAUUCCAGCUGCUGUAGACUCAACACACACUUCAGCAUCAUCUCGCCUGUCUGCUGAAGCGCUUCAGUAUGAUGACUCAAUCUCCCCUUUCUGCCAUUGGCCGGUCACACUGCUAGCCCCGCCCCCAAACCCAGCCCACAUUAAAAGAAUAAAGAGAGUCAAGAGUGUUUACAGGAAGUUCCUACACUAACUUCCUCUUAUUGACUCCUCAUUAGAGCGUAAGUAUUGAACACUCAAACCCCCAGCCCCUGUAAAUCUCUUCGUUUAUCUGAGGAUGGUGUGUGUUUCGCGUUUGUUGAUGUCUAAAGCAGCGUUUGUUUCCUCGUGUGUUGUUAUUAACCGUCGGUCAUGUGAUCAGGACUCAGAGCUUAUGUUGUAUGUGUGUAAGCAGGUGAUUUUCAGCGUCUAUAUAUAUAUAUAUCUAUAUUUUUAACUAACCUCAGACUUUAUAUGCUUUGACUUCCUGGUGAUUUAGAGUUUUAUUCUUGAUAUUGUCUGAAUCUUUCCUUCAAGUGCCUUCAUCAAACACCUGUAGAAUGUACAGAGUUAUGGUUUAUAUGUCAAUAAACCUUUUCUUGUAUUUACA